AAGAAAUUGGUCAGACUUUUACACAAUUUUACCAAUAACAUUAUCGCCAAAAGAAGAAACGAUUUUCAUCGAGGAACUGUCAAUACUCAAAAGAAGAAAUGCUUAGCAAUGUUAGAUCUACUACUGACAGUUCAAAAAGAAGAAGGAAUCAUCGAUGAUGAAGGAAUUCGAGAAGAAGUGGACACUUUUAUGUUUGAAGGCCACGAUACUGUUUCAGCAGCUUUAAAUUUUAUUCUGCUGAUGCUAGCAAACCAUCCAAAAGUUCAAGAAGAAAUCGUUCAAGAAAUGAAGGAUGUUUUAGGAGAUGUUAAGAAGAAACCGUUUUACGAUGAUUUACAAUACAUGGAAAGGGUUAUUAAGGAAGUCCUAAGGCUUUAUCCAAGUGUUGAUUACAUUUCUCGCGAGUUGGGCGAAGAUAUGGUUACAGCAUCUGGUUAUAAAUUGAAGAAGGGGACAAUUGUGCAAUUGCACAUCUACGAUCUUCACUACAAUCCAGUUAUUUAUCCUGACCCGGAAAAAUUUGACCCGGAUCGCUUCCUACCGGAAAAUUGUGACAAAAGACAUCCAUAUGCUUAUAUUCCAUUUAGUGCAGGACCUAGGAAUUGUAUAGGUCAAAGGUUUGCAAUGCUGGAAUUGAAGACAGUCCUCUGCGGUCUUUUAUCAAGUUUUAUUCUGCAACCUGUGGAUACUCCUAAGAGUGCAGUUUUGGUUGAAGAUAUCGUUUUAAGAACCAAGGACAAUAUCAGAGUGAAAUUUGCACUAAGAGAAAUGUGAUAUAUGUUUUAAAUCGUCAUGACAGUGCAUUUCUUGUUAAAAAAAAAACAAUCCAAAUAAAUUAGUCAAAACAAAAUUACAGUUUAUUUUAAUGAUUGUUAAG